CUCGCCCCGGGAGGAGGCUCCCUGCCCCGAGAGGCUGUCACGAAUGGUCGAGAUGGAGGCUCCAGCAGACAGGCCAGGCGGGUGGCCUCGGGAGGUGCCUGGGGUGGCCAGCCCAGGGCAGGGUCCACUCCUGGCCGGGGAGGCAGCAGUGCUGGCCAUGGCCAAACCCAGGCCUGGGCAGCAUCAGGUAUGGCAGGGGUGGCCUGGGAGGGGCAGGGAGCUGGCAGAAAGGGUGAGCAUGCCCUGGCCCCCACUGACCCACUGACCGCAGCACCUGUUGGCUGGGCAUGCACCUGGGCCGGCUCUGCACGCUGCUCUCCUGCCGCCAUCUCAUGUCCCUUCCUGCUGGUGCCAUCCCCACUGUGUGGGACACGAAGGUCCCUCGGCUGGGGGUGCCUGCUGAUGGGUGGCCCAGUCUGGACUGAGUCUGGCCUGCCCUGGGUGGCCCAGCAGCCACUGGGAUCCCUGGAAGGAGCCGGACUCUGCCACAUCCUCCCCGCAGCAAGCGACGCUCUGGCCCCGCUCUCUUCCCUGGAGAGGCUCCUGGGACCAGCUCACCCCUCCUGAGACCCAGCUGUCCCAAGGGCAUCCACCAGGCGGAGGGGCACUCUGAAGGGGGGUGAUGGAGGGCCACCACCGGAGUGACCGGCCCCAGGGGGAGGAGCCCAAAGCCAACUCUGAGUCGGGGUGAGCAUGAAUGCCGGGGGAGCAUGAAUGCCAGGACAGGAGGAGCCCCCCACCUGGCUGGACUGGCUUGGUGUGGUGCAGUGAGGGCUCAUCAGCCCACCUCAGACCCUGGGGAGCACGCUCUCUGCCCACCUCCCAGAGUGGCCCAAGUCCCUGCUCAAAGGGCCUGAAUCCCCAUUGUCUUCCCGCCACACCAGCAGUCCGAGCGGAAGGCCCAUUUUCCAGAUAUGGAAGCAGCAGACCCACAAAGGGCAGGUGGCACAAAGGAGUCAUGGGUGGCCCCCACCACCUGGAAAAGCAGCAGCUCCCAGUGUCCAGGGGAUGACACAGCCCCCCGUCUCUAGGCCACCUUGAGAAGGCCGUCCCGCCAGGAGACACGGGCCAUGUGGGGUCCCCGGAAGCUGCUUCUGCUGUGGUGCCUGGUGCUGGCAGCAGGGGGCACAGAGCACAUCUACCGGCCUGGCCGCAGGGUGUGUGCCAUCAGGGUCCCCAGGGGCCCCUUGUCUGAGUCCUUCGCACAGCGCGUGUACCAGCCCUUCCUCACCACCUGCGAUGGGCACCGAGCCUGCAGUACUUACCGGACCAUCUACAGGACUGCCUACCGCCGCAGCCCCGGGGCGGCCCCCGCCAGGCCUCGCUACGCCUGCUGCCCCGGCUGGAAGAGGAGCACCGGGCUCCCGGGGGCCUGCGGGGCAGGCCUUCCCAUCCCCACAGCGAUAUGCCAGCCACCCUGCCAGAACGGAGGGAGCUGCGUCCAGCCCGGCCGCUGCCAUUGCCCUGCCGGGUGGCGGGGCAGCACCUGCCAGACAGAUGUGGAUGAAUGCAGCGCUGGGGGAGGCAGCUGUCCCCAGCGCUGUGUCAACACCGUGGGCAGUUACUGGUGCCAGUGUCCAGAGGGGUACAGCCCAGCUGCGGACGGGACGCUCUGCUCACCCAGGAGAGGGACUCCCAGGGUGGCCCCAAGCCCCAGGACAGGAGUGGACGGCCAGGUGGAGGAGGAAGUGCAGAGGCUGCGGUCAAGAGUGGACCUGCUGGAGCAGCAGGUGUCCGUCCUUAAAGCCGGGUGGGGCCGCCUCACAGGCCCUUCCCCACCCCCCGGCCCUCUGCCCGCCCCAGAAGCUGCAGCUAGUGCUGGCCCCGCUGCACAGCCUGGCCUCGCGGGCCCUGGAGCACGGGCUCCCGGACCCUGGCAGCCUGCUGGCCCACUCCUUCCAGCAGCUGGACCGCAUCGACUCUCUGAGCGAGCAGAUCUCCUUCCUGGAGGAGCAGCUGGGGUCCUGUUCCUGCGGGAAGGAGCUGUGACUGGCCUGGCCCGGGCCCCUGGCGUCGGCUCCCAGCAGCCCAUGGACUCUGUCUCCUCGCCCUCCCUCCCCUGACUGUGGGGACUGUGAGCCAAGCAGGGGAGGGCGCCCCCUCUCCUUAACCCAAGGGGUCCCUGCACAGGGCAGAGUCGGGUGCAGGUCCUCCACGGUGUGAAUGCCGUCACCCCCAGCUCUGGGGGAAGGUACGAGGGCUCCCUGCCCCGAGCCCGCGCCUGAGCGGCUCACCGGUCAGCAUGGGGAGGGACCUCUGAUCUUUGCUGGAGUAAAAUCAGAGUUCAGGA